AUGAACCCCUCGGAUUGCGUCAUCGCGCACGCCGCGGGCGCGGACAUCGGCGCGUACACUAUAACGAGUUACGACAGCUCCACCAUUGUCUCGACGACCGCAUUCUCGCUCGGCUCGCCCACUUAUUCCGCCAGUGCUGCCACUUUCUCCCGCACGGUGGGCACAGGCAGCAAGGUCACGCUCGUGAACGUCUCCCCCAUCCUUCCCCCUCCCCCAAUUUCUCCCCUCGCCGCUCCUCCCCUCCUUCUUCUUCCCCCCAAACAGCUUCUCCCGCGCAUUUCUCCCGCACGGUGGGCACGGGUAGCAAGCUUCUCCCGCACAGUGGGCACGGGCAGCAAGGUGACGUUUGUGAACGGACCCAUGAAGACCAUCUGGGCCUACUCCGACGGCCCCUCCACCUCACUCGACGGCCACGGGGGCAACCGCGGCAGCACCACCAUCGAUUUCUCCUGCGACGGCACCCCCGUUGCCACGCCCUCUCCGCCCCCCGCCUCCGCCAACCCCUCCCCCCCGCCUCCCCCCGCUGCCUCCGCGUCCCCGCCUCCCCCUGCCGCCUCCGCCUCCCCUCCCCCUCCCACCGCCACUCCGUCACCACCGCCGGCGCCCCCUGCUGCGGGUGUGGCGUGCCCGGCGUCGUCUCUGGAAGGGUUCGAAUACCAAGUGGAGCUUGGGGGACCGCUGGAAGUGGUGAGGCCGGCUGCGGGCGUGGCGUGCCCGGCGUCGGGUCUGGAAGGGUUUGAAUACCAAGUGGAGCUUGGGGGGCCACUCAUGCUGCUGCACUGGACCUUCAGCACCAGCACCACCAUCAAAUUCUCCAUAGAGGCACGCGGCGCCACUAUAGCCAAGGAUGGCUGGAUAGCCGUUGGAUGGUCGGGCAACAAGGGCAAGAUGAAGGGCUCAGAUGCGGUCAUUGGGAACCUGCCUGGCGUGGCACCCGUGCACAUGAGUGGAUACAGCAAGAAGCUUAUAAAGCAAACGAGUGCGUUCACUAUCGGGGAUACUGCUGUCGCUACCACCUCUGAAGGAGGCACUACAAUCACAUUCACUCGGGAGGUGGGCAAGGGAGCGGUGCUAAUAAAGCUCAACGCCACCAACUACCUCAUCUAUGCUUUCAGCACCACGGCCUCCAAAACUCUCGCCUUCCACGGCUGGAACCAAGGCGGCCUUGCCGUUGACUUCGCAUGCUUCAAGAAGCCCACGGCCCUGUGGGGUGGCGGGCCGGAUUACAGCGAUGACUCGGACUACUCGUUCAACAGUGCCCGCGCUGCAAGCAUGGACGGCACAGCAGGCACUGAAGGCGCCUCAUCAGACCCCUUCCCUUCCCUCUCUCCCCUUCCCUCCCCCCUAACCCCCCUCAGAGGCGGCCUUGCUGUUGACUUCUCGUGCUUUAGGAAGCCCACAGCGCUGUGGGGUGGCGGGCCGGAUUACAGCGAUGACUCAGACUAUGAUAACUCGUUCAACAGUGCCCGCGCCGCAAGCAUGGACGGCACAGCAGGCACUGCAGGCACCUCCCCUGACCCGGCAACGGGUGGGGCUUUAAGCAGCGGUCGGCGGAACUGGUUGCACCAGCAGACGGGCUUGGGGCAUCAGCACCGCGAGAGUGCUGCUGCUGGUACGACUGCUGGUGCUGCUGACGGUGCCGAUGGUGCUGUUGGCACUGGGACGAGUUUGACAAAUGCUGACUGGUGGGCGAAGAAAUCAGCCUUUUGGAAAGCUAUAUUUGGAGGUUGA